GGUUGCUACUCUCCGAGCCAGUGCACUCGCGCGAGUAGAUCGACCCGGUCGCUAGUACUCGCAUCUGUAGUAUUUAGAUUGUCCGCGGACUUUGAAAUAUUGCAGUGUUUGUGUACGUUCCAGCUUGGAAAAAGGGGAAUUGGGAUCGAAAGGCACAAAAAUCAAUGCACUAGCAAAACGCAAGCAAGAUGGCGCCACAAGAGCGAACUUCGUGCUGCGAGGAGGAUUCCCGCCAAAACCAUGCCAUAGACAACCUGUCAAACAUAGACUUAGGCUUCGUGAACAAGGGCUACCAACCUGACAGCGACAAAGACACAGAAAAUGUUGCCAGCCAGAAAAAAGAAAAAAAGGCAACGGAUUUCGACGACUUACUGCCAUAUGUUGGGGAAUUCGGAUUGUAUCAGAAGAUUUUGUUUUUACUGAUGAUACCUUUCGCGUUUUUUGUGGCGUUCGUGUAUUUCUCGCAAAUUUUUAUGACGCUGGUGCCGGAGCAGCAUUGGUGCUGGGUGCCGGAGCUGGCGAACCUGACUGUUGAGGAGAGACGAGCCCUCGCCAUCCCCCCCAAAUCCGAGGGCCCUUACUCCCACGACCGCUGCCGCAUGUACUCGACGAACUGGACGCAGGCGCUAGCCGAGGGCCGGACGACGCCGGACGACGAGUGGCCCAUCGUCCCUUGUACCAAGUGGGAGUAUAACAGGAGCGACGUGCCGUAUGACACUAUUGCUAGUCAGCUGGACUGGGUGUGCGAGAAGGACAACCUAGCGGCGACGUCUCAGGCUAUCUUCUUCUGCGGAGCAAUAGUGGGGGGCCUGCUGUUUGGCUGGAUCGCCGACAAGUAUGGCAGAAUACCCGCUUUAGUAGGCACAAACCUGAUCGGCUUCGCGGCCGGCGUCGGAACAGCGUUCAGCCACAGCUUCUGGACCUUCUCCGCCUGCCGGUUCCUCGUGGGCUUCGCUUUCGACAACUGUUUCACCAUGAUGUAUAUCCUGGUUCUCGAGUACGUGGGGCCAAAAUGGCGGACAUUUGUGGCCAACAUGUCCAUCGCAUUAUUCUUCACCUUGGCGUCGUCUCUGCUGCCUUGGAUAGCGCUGCUGGCUGAUGACUGGAGAACAUUCGCUUUGGCGACAAGCGCGCCUUUCAUCAUGGCGGCGGCCACGCCCUGGCUGGUGCCGGAGAGUGCCAGAUGGCUGGUGUCACAAGGAAAGAUCGAGAAGGCACUGACAAUCAUGAAGAAGUUUGAGAGGAUCAACAAAACGAAGAUUCCGGAGAAGGUUCUCAGUGAUUUCACGGAAUCAUCUCUAAAAACCAUCAAAGAAAACGAGGCCGAAAACCGGACAUACUCCGUCCUCGACCUCUUCCGUACCCCCCGUCUGCGGCGCAACGCGAUACUUCUCAUCGUCAUAUGGAUGGCUAUCUCAUUGGUCUUCGACGGCCACGUCAGGAACGUGGGGUCUUUAGGCCUCGAUGUGUUUUUAACGUUUACUGUGGCCUCGGCCACUGAGUUACCUGCUGAUACGUUCCUCACUGCUGUUUUGGACAGAUGGGGCAGGAGAUGGCUCGCAUGUGGUUCCAUGGUGAUUAGUGGCGUGUUCAGUUUACUGGCCACUGCUGUACCAGUUGGUGGACCUUCGGCCUCCCUAGCCAUCCUCGGCCGCUUUGCCGUGAACAUCUCUUACAAUAUUGGACUCCAGUACGCUGCUGAACUGCUGCCUACUGUCGUAAGGGCGCAAGGCGUAGCUCUCAUCCAUAUCAUGGGCUACGUCGCCAGUAUAGUAGCCCCUUUCGUUGUUUAUUUGGCCACCGUAUCCCAGGAACUUCCCCUCCUGAUCCUGGGUGCCCUGGGCAUCGUCGGCGGCCUGCUCUGCCUGUUCCUCCCAGAGACCAUGGACACUGAGAUGCCUCAGACCCUGCAAGAUGGAGAGGAUUUCGGCAAGGACCAGAAGUUUUGGGACAAUCCUUGCUUCAACAGGAAAAAACCCGAAGAUGACGAAGAAAACCCGGGCCGCUACAUCAAACGGAACUCGGUGACCAACCAGACCCAAGAAUUCGUCAGAGCCAUUCCUUCCAUCGGCUCAAGGGCAUCCAUUCGAGCUUCCAUCAGGGCUUCCAUGAGAUCUAGGAGACAGGAGAGUGGAGUCUGACGUUAAUAUUGAUAUUAAUUGAUAGUUUUGGUUGUGACUACGCUUAUAUACUGUCAUGUGAUAUUGCUGAUCUGAUUUGGCAUGAGAAAAUUUGACUAUCAGCUCUUUGACAGGCUAAGUGCUUUGAUAGAAAAAGAGCUUUUGAUAGCCAAAGAGCCAACAAGAGCUUUAGGCAAAGAGCCUUUGAUAGGCAAAUAGCUUUAUCAAGCAAAGAGACUUCGUCAAGCAAAGUGCCUUUCACAGGGAAAGAGCUUUUAACAGACAAAGGGCUUAAUAAGGCAAAAAGCAUUUGGAAGGCAAAGAGCUUUUGACUAGUAGCUCUAAAGAGCCUUUAGGCAAAGAGCAUUUGAUAGGUAAAGAGCUUUUGUUAGGUAAAGGCUUAGACGUGUGACAAGCUAGUCUAUAUGAUCAGACUUAGGUAUAUAAACAUUUAACCAACGUGAAAGAAAAAUCAGGCGAAGAUUUUUUUUAAAGCGUUCAUCGAAGGAUGGAGAGAAAGAGAAAUUCCAUUAUAAACUACCCUAACAGCAUUUAUACGUCAUUAUGACGUCAGCGAUCUCAUAAUGACGCCAUAAUUACGUCAUUAUCACGUCAUUAUGACGUCGCUGACGUCACUUUGCUACCUGGGUACGUGCACAUCUAAAUUCAUUAUUCGCGUUGUCCCGGCUUUUUGCCACGGCUCAUGGAAGCCUGGGGUCCGCUUGGCAACUAAUCCCAAGAAUUGGCGUAAGCACUGGUUUUUUGAAAGCGAUUGCCAUCUGCCUUUCAAACCUAAAGAGACUAGGGCUUAUUGGGAUUAGUCCGGUUUCCUCACGAUGUUUUCUUUCACGGUAAAGCUGGUAUCUAUCAAAUGAUAUAUCGUAGCAACGUUUCCAAAUACGUUAAAAAUACUGUCUUUGUUGUGUUUGUCUGCAUUAAAUUUGCAUAGACUUAAAAAUGGUUAAUACCUUGUACAACAAACACAAACUAUGUCUAUGUACAAACUUAUACACACUAUGGAAGGUGUUAAGUAUAAGAAAAAAUCUGCUUCUAAUAAAACAGUGACACAUAAUCAUGUUUCAAAUAGUACAAAUUAUCAGAAAAAAAGUAUUGUAAGUGUGGCUGUGACUUUUAAAAGCGACUAUUGAGAAUAAAACGAGUAAAACUACAAAAUUAUAUUAUGAGCCUAAAAUUAUCAAGCCGCCUUGUUUGUGAUGGUAUUGAUUGCUUUUAAUUUAUUGUAGGCGUUAAGUUAAUUCUUGCCUAUAUUCACUGAUUUUGAGAAAAUUACUUGUGGCUCACGUUGUAUGAAAAUGUCCAUAUAUAUAUAGUAGCCUGAUUUAAUUAAUAUCGAGUGUAGUGUACUUUUUAAUUAAUCAGUGAUUCUUGUAUAUAAUUUAUAAAUGUGAUAAAUUGAUUAUAAAUUAUAAAGUAUUAUAACAUAGCUAGUUAGAUAUAAAAUAGUAAUAGUAAGUUAUUGUUUAACUUAAGUUUUGCUAUUUUAAGUUUAAGUGUUUAAUUUUAAGUACCGUAUUUUGGUUUCAUAACAGUUAUACCUGACUUUGAAGUCCUUCAAAAAGGAGUAAUAUAUGGGUAUAUUUUCCAUUUUUGAGUUUUUUUCCCAAAAAAGUUCUUAUUUUUGACAUUGUUUAAUUGUGAAGAAACAUAUUAUUAUUAUGAAAUAUACAACGGUAUCAAUUGGAAAAAUAAGACAAAUGUAUCUAAUUUAAAUUGUCACAUAAAAUAAUGUAAAAAAUGUAUACCUACUUAACAUUUUACUGAAAUAGUUAUCGGUGGGUACAGUCAAGGUAUCGACAUGGACAACGUUCGAAAAAUAUGUAUACAAGACAUUAUUGUCCAUACAUUAGCGUAGUGUGUACAUUUUUGGCACUAUCCGUGUUGAUAUUUACGGCUCGAUUCGAACAAUGCUUAUUAAAUGCCAACAGCUAUACGAUACUGAUCUGUCAUUGACAAGUGACGUUUUUGGUUUAAAAAACAAACAGUAUCGUAUCGCUGUGACAUCUUAUAAGCAUUGUUCGAAUCGGGCCGUUACUACCUUAACUGAAUCUACCAGUCUUUGUCCCUUGUUCCAAAAAGUACUAUCAGGCUGAGAUGACGUAUCGUCAAAAUAUGAAAUGAAAACUAAAUAUAAAUAUCCUUCAAAACCAAGUGUCCUUUAGAAAUAGUUUUGUAUGAUGCCAUUAUAAUGUAA